UCCCCGACCCCAACACAUACACUCUUGAUCUCAGAGAGGCCCUAGGCUCCCCUCAGCCCAACCCUGGGUCGCCACUCCAGGGAGCUUCCCUGUACGGUGCGGCCGAGCGUUCCGCCCCACACCCGCACGUGCGGAACCAGAGGCCUUUCGGACUCCGGGGAGCGGGAAGAUGAAGGCGAAGGCCGCCACGUCUGCGACCCAGCCCGGGCCUGUCCGGAAGGUCGCUCGGAAAAAGGCCAGUAAGAGGUUCCAGAAGCGCAAAGCGGCAGGAGGAAGGGGGACUCCGGGAAGUCACCCCGCAGUAGUCGCGGGCCGACCGCCCAAGGCUCCAGAGGACUUUUCUUACAAUUGGAAAACGCUGCAAGAGCUACUGAAACAAAAGUCACCGGCCCCAGAGAAACGGCUCCUCUCCCAGACGGACGCCAAAAAGCAGCCCCAUGGUACCCAGCAGAAGAGAUCAAAGGGGGACCAGGAGACUGCCCAGGAUGCACCUAAGAUGGACAGGCAGAAACUGGCACCUCCCACAAAGACCUCCAGAACAGAGCAGAAGAAAGGAGCCAAGAAGAGGAAACAUGGUGACAUUUCUUCUGAGCAAGUGGAUGUCAAGCAGAAGCAGGGCACCAAGGGGGCAGCUCUGGUCUUGGCUUCGUCCACACCCACUGAGGAAGACAUCUGGUUUGAUGACGUGGACCCCAAAGAUAUUGAGGCUGCCAUAGGCCCAGAGGCAGCCAGGCUGGUACGGAAGCGGCUGGGGCAGAAGGAGAGCAGCAUCUCCCUGGUGAAGGAACAGGCUUUCAACGGCCUAACAAAAGCCUUGGCCCUGGAUUGUGAGAUGGUGGGCGUGGGCCCCAAGGGGGAGGAGAGCAUCGUGGCCCGUGUGUCCAUCGUGAACCAGUAUGGGAAGUGUGUUUAUGACAAGUACGUCAAGUCGACUGAGCCCGUGACAGACUACCGGACAGCGGUCAGUGGGAUACGGCCUGAGAACCUCAAGCAGGGAGAAGAAUUUGAAGUCGUGAAGAGGGAAGUGGCAGAAAUGCUGAGGGACAGAAUCCUGGUGGGGCAUGCUCUGCACAAUGAUCUGAAGGUAUUGUUCCUUGAUCAUCCAAAAAAGAAAAUGAGGGACACCCAGAAAUACAAGCCUUUCAAGAAACAAGUUAAGAGUGGAAGACCAUCUCUGAAAAAGCUCUCUGAGAAGAUUCUGGGGAUCAGGGUCCAACAGGCAGAACACUGUUCGGUCCAGGAUGCCCAGGCAGCGAUGAGGCUGUACGUCAUGGUGAGGCGGGAGUGGGAGAGCAUCGCUGGAGCCCGGAGGCCCCCGGCCAGCACCCAAGGCCAUCGCAAGGAGCGUGCUUAGCUUAGCACCACCCUGCUGCCAUUGUUGCGCUCCCCAUCUGUCCGGCUCCUCCCCAUCCUGCUCCUCCCUGUCCUGCUCCUCCCCUUGUGCCUCAGUCUAAUGGCAGUUGGGACUGGCUCACGGAUGCCAGUCAAGUGUCUAAAGAGGGGCCUCUCAUGGGCAUUUUCAGAGCCGUGGCUCUAGGAGUGUACUGUGUAAGCUGCUCCUGGAACACCUCCCGGACUCUGCUGCCAGAGGCCCUGUGUGUCCAGGUAGACUGGGCAGGGGGGUUGCAGGGAAGAAGCCAGCUGUGUGUUGUGGGUGGAGAGAGGCAGGCAUCAGGACGAGCGUGCUGGUGAAUCUGCACCUGCUGACCGUCAGGAAGGUGGCCCCUGCUGCCAUCUCUGACAGUAAACUUGGGUGGAUUCAGCCUGAGUGCUCAGCACCUUCCCCUAAGAAGCUCCUUUUCUUGUGGAUGAGGGUUAAGUUCUGCAGGCCUUGAAGGACCCGGGUACCCUUGGUCAGCUACUAACACAGCUGGCCAGCACAGCACCUGCCUCCUUGGGGACCUCCUUACAGACACGGGGACUUGAGGAGUGACUUGGGAGUCCCUUUCUUGCUCCUGUGUACUUUCCUUGGCUCAGAGUUGGCUGGGUGGCCAACCUCCCACAUGGACCUUUUCACAGUCUAUGAUGUGAGACUUGUGGCCACAGGUGAACCUGAGCUAUGUGAGCAGAAGGCUGAGGGUCCGCUAGGAACCUGUCCAAAGUGGCCAGUCACCGUGACCAGUGAACACAGCCCAAGGCUUAAAUGAGCCCACCUCACAGCUGUAGAACAGAUACACCCACUUAGAUAACAGCAGAUGGUUGCUUUACAUGGGGCUGUGGACUGGGAUGUGGCCCAGAGAGCACUUACUCAGCGCACGGAAGGCCCUGGGUUAGUCCCUAGCACUGCAAAAAAUAAAUGGAUGGACAGAU